UUAGAAAAAUACUUCAGCUUCAUUCUGCUAAGCUUCAUUUCUUGCUGUGUUCAUUAAUGCUUGUGUGUGUGUGCUGUAGUGUGUAUGUCUCACUCAUGUUUCAGACAGUUAAGUGGACUUUUGCUCGCUCACAGCCAAGUAUCCCACUGGGCAUAUCUGGUUCCAUGUACAAACAGAGUUCUUUGUUCAUGGAGAUGACACUGAAAGCUCACACAAAACAGUGUAUUGUGAUGAAGGUUUUUUCUUUUUUUUUUUUUUGCCAAGGGCAUUUUAAUGAGGGAGCUGAAAAUUUGGACCUUUCUAGCAGGUGGGAUGGGCGAUGGAGUUAGUCUGGCUUUCUUACCUCGUUACAUGCACACCGAACAGCAGACCUGUUGCACAGCUGGGGUAGAAGAUGGUCUUUCUAACGACCAAAAUGAUGCAAAGGACCGCAGUCUUUGUGACUUUCGGGGGCUGGGUCACAUCUUUGGUCACCACUUUUCUGCCUUUCUGGAAGACGAUGAAUUCUGAUCUUAAUGAAGUAGAAAACUGGUUCUCUGGACUGUGGCUCACCUGCCUCUACACCGAGGAAGUGGGGAUUCAGUGUAAGGCCUACGACUCUCUCAUGGGACUGCCUAUGGAUCUACAGAUUUCCAGAGUGCUCACAUUAAUAUCUGAUGGUUUUGGAGCUAUGGCCUUGUUUGUCGCUUUUCCAGGCCUCGAAGGAGUCAGGAUGUGCGUAUCACAACCCAGCACAAAGAGAAGUCUCCUCAUCUCCGCAGGGGUUUUGACCUGGGUGUCUGGGGUCACCACUCUGACUCCUAUCUCUAUUGUGGCCUACACGACCGUGGUGGAGUUCUGGGAUGAAGGUUUUCCUGAUGUAAUGCCACGGUGGGAGUACGGAGAAGCGAUGUUCUCUGGAUGGUUUGGAGGUCUGGCGCUGGUCAUCGGAGGGACACUUUUCUUUGUGGCUGUGUGUAUGGGGGACUACGAGCAGAAACUGACCAGCCCGCGGAUGACGGCCAGGACAAAGCACUACCUGAAAACAGAGGUUUUAUAGCUUUGCAACAAAUGUUAUUUCUGACCGUCUUUGCUGUUUUUUUCUGGAAUCGUGUCAACUUGUUAAUGUGUGAGAUAAAACACUGUCAUGUUCCAAAAGGAUUUGACAAGAAAUGAAGAAAGUGCAUAAAAGUGUUGUUCAGUACGUUUUCUUUUUAAUUUGUCACUUGAUAAAUUA